AUGCUGGCGCUGCAGCUGGCGGCGGGUUCUGCGGUGUCUGUUGCUUCGUUUGUCUUUGGGGGGGCUGCGACGGAGGUUGCGGCUGCUGCUGUUGCUGCAUUUGCUGUCGUUGGUGAUGGUUCGAAGGGGGCAUAUUUUGUUGCGGCGUCGUCUGCUGACUUGGUUGUUGAUGCUGCUGCUGAUUCUGUUGUUGUCGCGGUUGUUGUUGCUGAUUCUGCUGUUGCUGGUUAUGUUGUUGCUGUUGACCACGAUGAGUCUGUUGUUGGCCUUGUCCCAAUUGUUGCUGUUGACCUCGAUGGGUCUGCUGGCCUUGUACCGACUGUUGCUGAUUUUGUUGUUGUUGCUGCUGGCCGCGAUGAGACUGUUGUUGAUUUUGUUUUUGCUGCGGUCCUGAUUGACCGUGUGCCUGCUGUUGGCCUUGCUGACCCGACUGUUGAUGUUUUUGCUGUUGUCCCGAUUGACCGUGAGCCUGUUGCUGCUUGUGCUGAUUUUUUUGUUGCGGUGCCGAUUGCGAUUGAUUAUGCUGCUGAGAUGCCACCUGGCGGUUUGGACGCUGGAAUAAACUCCUGUAAAGCGUGA